AUGAGGAAGGCCAUGAGGAAGGACCUUGCACAAUGGAGCUGUCCCUGCAAUGCACUGUUUUGUGCGUCUGGAAUUGUUCCAAUAUCUCAUCAUGCAACACAGACGAGUGAGUAUAUGUUGCAAAACAAGAGCAUACUCAUGCACUGCACAGGUUCUGAUGCCACCUUCGGCUUGGUUGAUCUUGGAAACAGCUGUUACACGGAUCGCCACAUUGCCUUGAAUAUCACCACGCUGGAAUACAAGCCUGUAGAGGUCAUCAUGAAUGCAGGCUAUGACACCGCUGCUGACAUUUGGUCUUUAGGCUGCACCAUCUACGAGUUGGCCACAGGGCGCUAUCUCUUUGACCCGCGACAUGCUCAAGCCAGACCGAAAGCACUGCAGGCUCGAGAUUGUUUUCCACAAGAGCCAGAACAUUUAGCACAAAUCGUGGAGUUGUUGGGGCCGUUGCCCUACUCCUUGUUGGUGCGCAGUCGUCGCUUGCGGGCCUUCCUUUCUCCACCCAACGAUUUGGACCAAGAUGGAGGAAUGUUUGCAGCCCGGCGUUUGUAUAGACUCUGCUCCCAUUUUGCGUGGAGGAUUGGACAUGUCUUCGAUCGAGAUGUGGCCGUUCAUUAG